AUGGAGGGUAUUGUAUUUAUUGACGGACAAGCUUAUGAACAAACCAAGGAAGAGAGAGAAAUGGAAUUCAUCAUCUCUGAAGGUUUGCGCAUGAUGGAAGAAGAUGAACGUGAGCAAGAAGAAUUUGAUUUAAUGUAUGGUGAUGAUCAAGAAGAGGAUCAAAACGACGUACAAGAUGAUACUGACUACUCACAGGAAGAUUCCGCGCAAGACAAUGGUUACUAUGACAACGGUUCUCAAGAUGAUUACCAUGACGAUGUCUACGCCCAAGAUGCAUAUAAUGAUGAGGAUGAUUACUAA